AAGUGGUUAAGUCGUGAGCCUUGGCUUUGCUGGUUCAAGAUCCAGCCCCCAAGAGUUAACCUGCAGCACUGCUCCGAGCACUGGGGCAGAGGAUACAGAAGCAUCCGGAGCUCUGCCUUGCAGAGGAAUCAGCAGCUGCCGCAGCGGGUCUGGCAGGUUUCCAAGUGCUGAGACGUCUAAGCCCAGCAAUGUGCGAAGGGAACCAGGUUCUGAAGAGCGCUUUGCUUUACUAGAAUACAGAUACUCUCCUGAGUAGUAGAAUCAGGAGAAAUGGCGAAGCGCACCUUCUCCAUGCUGGAGACAUUCCUGAUUUUCCUCCUUGUGAUGAUGACUGCCAUCACUGUGGCACUUCUCAGCCUCUUGUUUAUCACCAGUGGGACCAUUGAAAACCACAAAGAUUCAGGAAGCCAUGAUUUCUUAACCACUCAACACACCCCAGCAAGCGAGUGUCCCACAGCCACCCACGCCUCUUCAGCGACCCCAGAGCCUCCUCUCUUUCAGAACUUCAGUGGCUACCAUAUUGGUGUUGGGCGAGCUGACUGCACAGGACAAGUAUCAGACAUCAAUUUGAUGGGCUAUGCCAAAGCUGGUCAGAACGCACAAGGCCUGCUCACGCGGUUGUACAGUCGUGCUUUCGUCAUGGCGGAGCCUGAUGGGUCAAAUCGAGUAGCUUUUGUCAGCAUUGACAUCGGCAUGGUGUCCCAGCGCCUCAGGCUGGAGGUCAUGGACAGACUGCAGAAUAAGUACGGAUCCCUGUACAGAAGAGACAAUGUUAUUCUGAGUGGCACUCAUACACACUCAGGCCCAGGAGGAUUUUUCCAGUACACUUUAUUUGUCCUUGCCAGUGAAGGAUUUAACAAUCGAAGCUUUGAGUACAUGGUCUCUGGUAUCAUGAAGAGCAUUGACAUUGCACACCAAAAUAUGAAACCAGGCAAAAUCUUCAUCAAUAAAGGAAAUGUCAUUGGUGUGCAGAUCAACCGAAGCCCUACUUCUUACCUUCAGAAUCCACAGUCAGAGAGAGCAAGGUAUUCUUCAAACACAGAGAGGGAAAUGGUAGUCUUGAGAAUGGUUGAUUUGAAUGGAGCUGAGAUGGGCUUUAUCAGCUGGUUUAGCAUCCACCCAGUCAGCAUGAAUAACACCAACCACCUUGUAAAUAGUGAUAAUGUGGGCUAUGCAUCUUACCUUUUUGAGCAGGAGAAAAACAGAGGAUAUCUGCCUGGCCAGGGGCCCUUUGUAGCAGCCUUUGCAUCAUCAGCCCUAGGAGAUGUGUCCCCUAACAUUCUCGGCCCACACUGCGUCAACACGGGAGAGUCUUGUGACAAUGCCAAUAGCACCUGUCCCAUUGGUGGGCCUAUCAUGUGCAUGGCUCAGGGACCUGGGCAAGAUAUGCUUGACAGCACACAAAUUAUAGGACAGACCUUAUACCAGAGAGCAAAGGAACUGUAUGCCUCUGCCUACCAGGAGGUGACUGGACCAGUGGCUUCAGCUCACCAGUGGGUGAAUAUGACAGAUGUGACAGUCUGGCUCAAUUCUACACAUACGGCAAAAACAUGCAAACCAGCAUUGGGCUACAGUUUUGCAGCUGGCACCACUGAUGGAGUUUCAGGCCUCAACUUUACACAGGGAACAACAGAAACAGAUCCAUUUUGGGAAUCCCUUCGGGACCAGCUCUUGGGCAGACCAUCUAAUGAAAUCAAAGAAUGCCAUAAGCCAAAGCCAGUCCUUCUUCACACUGGAGAGAUGACAAUACCUCAUCCCUGGCAUCCAGAAAUUGUUGAUGUUCAGAUUAUUACUGUUGGAUCUUUGGCCAUAGCUGCUGUCCCUGGAGAGUUUACGACUAUGUCUGGACGAAGACUUCGAGAGGCAGUUCAAGCAGAAUUUGCAUCAUAUGGGAUGAAGGAUAUGACUGUUGCCAUUUCAGGUCUAUGCAAUGUUUACACACAUUAUAUUACCACCUAUGAGGAAUACCAGGCUCAGCGGUAUGAGGCAGCAUCUACAAUUUAUGGACCACAUACUUUGUCCGCUUACAUCCAGCUCUUUAAAACUCUUGCUAAGGCCAUUGCUACGGACACAGUAGCUAACAUGAGCAGCGGUCCGGAGCCUCCAGUUUUCAAACAACUGAUAGCUCCACUUAUCCCUAAUAUUGCGGAUAGAGCACCAAUAGGCAGAAACUUUGGGGAUGUUCUGGACCCAGUGAAACCUGAAUACAGAGUGGGAGAAGUUGCUGAAGUUACAUUUGUAGGUGCUAACCCAAAGUAUUCAGCAGAAAACCAAACCCAUGAGACCUUCCUCACUGUGGAGAAAUAUGAAGACACUACAGCUGCCUGGCAUAUACUGUAUAAUGAUGCCUCUUGGGAGACUCGAUUUUAUUGGCACAAAGGAACACUGGGUCUGAGCAAUGCAACAAUUGAAUGGCAUAUUCCAGAGACUGCCCAGCCUGGAAUCUAUAGAAUAAGAUAUUUUGGACAUCAUCGGAAGCAUGAAAUUCUGAAGCCUGCAGUCAUACUUUCAUUCGAAGGCACUUCCUCUGCUUUUGAAGUUGUAACUACUUAGUGAAAAACUGACAGAUAUUUAAAGAGAAGCUUUAAUCCAUGUGCAUUAUGUAACUGGUUCCACAUAAGUGUGACUCACCAUUUGGACUUCUAUAAUUGUCCCUGUUUAGGGACAGAUAGUUUACUGCUGGGACAGAGUCGUGUGCAUGUGUGUGUGUGCGUGUGUGUAUGUGUGUAAAAAAGAAAAAGAGGAAGGGAGAGGGAAGAGGGAGGA